AUGAAGGGCAAGUCAAAUAAGAAAAUCAAGAAAGAAGCCGGAAAGGAUUUUAAAAGUACGCGUUGGCAGAACAAUAAAAAGUCACGAUGUUUCUUGUAUGGAUCGCCAGAUCAUAAUAUACAAAACUGUAAUAAUAAAAGUCUCGGACCCAAGUGUUUCAAUUGCAAUGACUUUGGACACGUUUCGACAAACUGUACUAAAUCUUCAACCCCAGAUAAAAAAUUGUCGAAAGUCAGUUGUGUGACAAGCGUAAACGAUCGUCCGAUAACAGUGAAGAUUAACGGGAUAGAUUGCGACGCUUUAGUCGAUACGGGUAGCGAUGUUAAUCUGAUUCGUGAAGACGUUUACAAUAAAGUAGGGCGACUAAAAUUAUACAAAGUGUCACGGAUAUUUAUUGUUUUGGGCAAUAUCGAAACGCGACCAGUUGGAAAGUUCACGACAGACAUAAUCAUCGGCGAUGACUUGUUUUCGACUGAAAUAUUUGUGGUGCCUACAAAUGCAAUGACGUCUGAAGUGAUCUUAGGACACGCACUGUUGAAAAAUACGGAGGUUUUGAUUCGAGGUGGAUCAACGAUAAUAAAACGAUUACAUCCGGAUGCGGUGACCGAAGAUAGAGAAGACCAGAGGAACACCGUAGAAGAAGCAGGAACAUCCGAGCAAGAUUGUGAAAUCGCGAAAUUGUCGAAAGUGUUUUAUGUGUCGGAGUGCGAAGUUGUUGCGGAAAAACCGUAUAAAGAAAGAAUUGAAAACUUGAUUAGGGACUAUAACGCUAAAUUAGACGUAGAAACGACGGUCGAAACUAAAAUCACGUUAAAGUGCGAUAAUCCGAUUAGUCAACAGCCGAGACGAUUGGCACCAAAAGAAAAAAAGAUUUUGAGCGAACAGAUAAAGGAAUGGGUAGAAUCAGGUAUCAUCAGAGACCCCUGA